AUGAAUCGUGGAAGAUCAUUCGGUGUCUUGAGUCUGACUGCGAUAGUCAGAUUCAGUGGAUCACUCGUUGAUCCAAGUGUAACGUCGUUGCUUGUGGAUGAAGAGGUGAAGAGGCUGGCACCACUACCCGCCAACAUAAAAAGCAAGCUUGAAGUACACCAGCCACGAAUUGCAACCCCCAUCGCACUCAACACGAUCUUCGAUACAAUAUUACCGAGGCUAAUCUCACGUACCCGAAUUGUCCAUCGAGGAAUCCAAAAGGUGACGAUGAGAUUUUCAUUGAUUCCGAGCAUUAUGAUUGCCGGUCUUACCCUGUCCAACAGUUUGAGCUCAACGCCGAUUCCCCAGAAUAAGCUGGCUGAGAAAAGAAUCAUCAAUUCACAACAUACAAACUAUGGUGCUGCACCCUCCAUAUACACUCCUGGCUUUCAGGGUUCGGGCGGCGAUACAAACAACAAAUCAUUUCCUCCAGGAUUUUAG